AUGAAGUCCAAAGCAGACUACCUCAGCAAGUACCUCAGCGGUCCAAAGGACGCAAAGAAAAAGAAGAAAUCCAAGUCUGCUAACAUCGUUGUUGAUGCUUCGGUGCCUUCAAUCAAACAAGUUGACUUAGAGGACAUUUUUGAUGACGAUGAGAUAGACGAACUUAGGCCCAUCAAGGUCGAUCUCAAGUCCACGAAAGAGUUCAAAGGAUUCAAGAGGAUAGAUGGUCAGGAAAUCAAGCCUUUGGGUGAAGCAACCGACGUUGCACCACCAUCCUUACAGCCACAGACAACCGUAUACAGAGAUUCCCUGGGUAGAAUAAUUGACAUAGAAGCAAGAAGAGCAGAAUUUGAAACUCAAAAGAAACAACAGGAACAAGAAAAGGAGGUCAGAGAAGUCCGCAUAUCGGAGGAGGAACAGCUCCGCCAGUCAAAGGAGUCGUUUAAACCGAAGAAACAGGAUCUUGAUGAUCCGAUUAUUGUAUUCGAAGGAGAUACCGGAGGCAAUGAUUUGGGCAACCAGUACACUUACAAUCAAGGAGUUAAUCCUGUCAACAGAUUCGGCAUACUUGCAGGAUGUUUGUGGGAUGGCAUCGAUAGAUCCAAUGGGUUUGAAGAUUUGAUGAUGAGAAAAGUCACCGAAACCAGGUUCAAAAAGAUUGAUGGUAAAAUCAACGAGAGCUAUGACGAUUACGAAAUUUGAUGAAAUUGGUAAGACGUACUAGGAACAUUGUGCUUCCUAUGUGACCCAACACCGAGCUAUAAUGACAGCUACAUAAACUAUAAGCCUCGGCCAAUUUAAGCCAGUGUGUGUAAAGGAGAAACACUUCUGAAAGCAGCCAUUCUCGUCGAUGCAACUUCUGAUAACAACUCCUUUCUGAGCAAACCACACCUAAACAGCCACACUGGAGCACUUCGAGGCUCAAACUCACGGCAGCGGGGAUAUGCCAUUUCUGGCCAAGCAUUCAUGGACAAACUUUCAUCUAAUACCUUGGGGGAUGUACCAUCUGUUCUACUUUUGGAAUGCACUUGUAAUUGACUCUGCUAGUAUAGUCUCGAUAAGAUAUACAAGUAAUAGAAUAAUAUUUAUCAAAUCGU